CAUUUUCGACCCUCUGAACCCCUCGGUUGGAGAGGGGCUUAACGUACCCAGUUGAAGUUCGUCUUAUAAUUUCCCAGCUCAUCGGAAAAAAAAAAAAAAAAAAAAAUCAAACUUUCCUCUCGAUUUUUCAUGAUCUUGGUUAAUUCUUUGAAAGGUGAUUACUUUUCGUCAUCCUUCGAUCCAGACGGUGAUUUUCCCAUUUGGGUACUCGCAGUUUCGUCUCGAUUUUUCAUGAUCUCCCGCUCCAGAUUUGUUGAAGAUUUGCUUUUUAGUAAAAUCCGACUUCUAUCUUUCAAUUUCGAUAUUUUAUCCAGUUUUGGCGCGGUUUUGCAUUGGGGGUCUCCAGAUUUGUAGUUGCUUUAGCUUACUUUCUUCGAAGUCCAUCUGUCGGGGAGGCGUUUUUUAGAGAGAGAGAGAGAGAGAGAGAGAGAGAGAGAGAGAGAGAGAGAGAUGGCAGUGGCAGUGGCUCGGUUAGCUCGGUUGGGCCGCAAAGCAAAACUGCCAGGUGGGUUCUGUAUAAAAAUGGCAGCAGCGGCAAUCUUGGGCCUCUGCUUUAUAUUCGCCUGGUCGAUGUUUUCUUCUUCUUCCUCCUCCGUCACCACCCGAAUCGAAAGCUUUGACAACAUUGUGGCGCCGCCUGGAUCACGGAGCACCCGGGCGAGCACUCCCGAUGGGACCCAACUAGCAGCUAGUAAUGGUGGGGAGGAGAAAAGGGCUACUGGGUCUGCUGUGAGGUCACAUGACCAUGAGCAUAAAUCCAAGAAGAAGAAGAAAGAAGCGGUAAAUGGGAAGAAGGGGAAGGGUAAGAAAAAAUUACCUGAGAGUGUGACGAAGGUUAAAAAUGUGACUGAGGAAUCCGAGAGCGAAGAUUCGGAGAACGAAAAGGAAGAUGGAGAUGAAGAAAAGGAGGUAGUGGAUGGAAAGGAAGAAGCUUUGAGUGAUGAAGGUGAAGGUAAUGGGGAAGCAGGAGGAGAGGGGGAUAAUUUGAUGGAGACGGCGGAUCAGGAAUCCGAGGAGGUGAAGCUGGACGAUGACGGUGGUGAAUCCGAAAAAAAGGGAAAGAAGAGGUAUAAGAUGAAGGGUCCAUUGUUUGAUCCAAAAGCACAUUAUAAUUGGAAACAAUGUAGCACAAGGAGCAAGCACAAUUACAUUCCUUGUAUUGAUAUGGAAGUAGUAUCUGGAAGGCUGCAGUAUAGGCAUACGGAGAGGAGUUGCCCGAAGGCGGAACCUAUGUGUCUUGUACCUCUUCCUCGUGAUGGUUAUGGCCCUCCGGUCCCCUGGCCUGAGAGCAAAGAGAAGAUAUUGUACAAGAAUGUGGAGCAUCCGAAACUUGCUGCAUUCGUCAAGGAACAUAGUUGGGUGAUGGAGUCUGGAGAAUAUCUGACUUUCCCCCAAAACCAGUCUGAGUUGAAGGGCGGAAUUCUUCACUAUCUUGAGUCCAUUGAAGAGAUGGUACCAGACAUCGAGUGGGGAAAGAAUAUCCGUGUAGUGCUGGAUAUUGGAUGUACAGAUUCCGCCUUUGGGGCUUCUCUCGUUGAUAAGGAUGUAUUAACAUUGGCAUUGGGUUUGAAAGAUGACCUAGUUGACCUAGCUCAAGUUGCCCUCGAGCGUGGUUUGCCUGCUUUUGUUAGCCCUUUUCGAAAUAGAAGACUGCCUUUCCCCAGUAGUGUUUUUGAUGCUGUUCACUGUGGCGGUUGCACCACACCUUGGCAUUCAAAUGGGGGUAAGCAUCUUCUAGAGAUGAAUAGGAUUUUAAGGCCGGGCGGAUACUUUAUCUUGUCAACUAAACAUGACAGCUUUGAAGAUGAAGAAGCCAUGACUAAAUUGACCGCGUCUAUCUGUUGGAAUAUUCUGGCUCAUAAAACUGAUGAAGUCAGUGACGUGGGUGUCAAAAUAUACCAGAAGCCAGACUCGAAUGAUAUAUAUGAGUUGAGGAGGAAGAAAUAUCCACCUUUGUGCAAGGAAAAUGAAAACCCAGAUGCAGCCUGGUAUGUUCCUGUGAAGACUUGCUUGCACCCCGUUCCAUCUGCCAUUGAGCAGCAUGGCACGGAGUGGCCAGAUCAAUGGCCCCAAAGACUCGAGAGGUAUCCUGACUGGUUGAGUGAUAAAGCUAAGUUGGAUGCGGACACCAAGCACUGGAAAGCUAUUGUUGAUAGAUCCUAUCUCACAGGACUAGGUAUCGACUGGUCAAAAAUUCGAAAUGUAAUGGACAUGAAAGCCAUCUAUGGAGGAUUUGCUGCAGCUCUCACGCAACAAAAGAUUUGGGUGAUGAAUGUGGUCCCUGUCCAUGCGCCCGAUACACUUCCUUUCAUUUUUGAACGCGGCCUUGUUGGAACCUACCACGACUGGUGUGAGUCUUUCGGUAUUUAUCCCAGAUCAUAUGAUCUUUUGCAUGCUGAUCAUCUGUUUUCGCGGCUUAAGAACAGGUGUAAGCAGCCAGUAUCAAUCGUUGUUGAGAUGGAUCGCUUGUUACGGCCUGGAGGGUGGGCAAUUAUACGCGAGAAAGUUGAGGUACUGGAACCGCUGGAGGGAAUAUUGAAGAGUAUGCAUUGGGAGAUCCGGAUGACUUUUGCUCAGGGAAAGGAGGGUCUCUUAUGCGCCCAGAAAACCUUGUGGCGGCCUUAAAAUGGUAUUGCAGCUUCAUACAAGUCCAUAACAGCACGAAGACCUGCGGCGAAGCCAUGCUUCCUUCGGGUGCUGCAGCCUCCAGUCCAUCCAAUUUUGAGCGCAAUUAUAACCGAUGUUUUUGAUAUGCCACUUGAAUUUAUUGGUGAUGCAGUUGAUGUAGAGGAUGAACUAAGGAAGUGAGGGUGAAUGAGAAAGGGAUUCGAACCCAGAUGCAUACGAGGGAGAACAUUCGCUCUAGUUGAUGUGACUAUGUCUGCGUCCGCAAAUGUAUAAGUUUCUUUCAUGAGCGAAGUGCUAAAUUGUUGUAUACUUGUGUUUGAGUAAAUUUUUAGUAACUGUCAUUCUGAUUCUA